CUUGGAUAAAAAAAAAUUGGAAGCGCCGGAACGGAAAAUGAAUUUUAACCUGCAGAGCUGACAGUUGAGAGCUACCAGACGACGACGGUGGCGGCGGUUUCUUCGUCUGUGUUCUAUCGGCUAUGAAAUUAUUUGUCGAUUGUUCUGAUAAUUAGAUUACUUGUGUGUAUUUCAAAUGGAUGGUUCCUUUCCAAAUAAGCGUCCCUUCGACCAUUCCACCGCUGAUAGGUCUGACCAUCCUCACCUUACACCGACCUCUUCUACCAAGCGGCGCCAUCAACACCACCAUCCUCUUCCAUCCUCCCCCGCCACUCCUCAAUCUAACAACAAUAACCCUUUUCGCUCUCUCAAACUCUCCUCCGGAGAAACCCUAUUCCGUAUUCUAUGCCCUGCUGCAAAGACCGGAGGUGUCAUCGGCAAGGGCGGUGCCAUCAUCCGCCAGUUUCGUGAAGAGACCGGUGCUAAAAUUAGAAUUGACGACUAUACCCAUGGUACCGAAGAGCGGGUCAUCGUCAUAGUGGCUGCUGACUCUACUCAUAAGAACAAGGAUAUUGCUAAUAACAAUAAUGACGAUUCUAAUAGCGAAGAAUCAGGGAAUUCUAACUGUGAGGAAUCGCCUGCUCAGAAGGCACUGAUUAGGAUCUUUGAGAGGAUACUGAAGGUCGAUGAAGAACGAAGUAAAAUGUUCAAGGAGGAGAGUGAGAAUGGUGAAGACAACUCCACAGAAGGCAGUGGUGGGAUACAACAAGGACCGGUGGUAUGCAGGAUGUUGGCUGCCAGUAAUCAGAUUGGAUGUGUGCUUGGUAGAGGAGGAAAGAUCAUUGAAAAGAUCCGGCAGGAGAGUGGAGCUCAAGUGAGGGUUUUGCCCAAAGAUCAACUUCCAGAGUGUGCAUCCCCUGGGGAUGAGUUGAUUCAGAUGGCUGGAAAGUUUUCAGCUGUAAAGAAGGCUCUAUUAUCUGUAUCAAGUUGUCUUCAAGAAAAUCCAAGGGCAGAUGCAACCACCAGUGGCAGUAACAGUAACAGGCCCAUAGGGAUGAUCCCUCAGGCUCAUGGAUAUGGUCCUGAAGGCAUCGGGAACCCAAACCACCACAGAAUACCCAUGGAAGAGGAAGUUGUAUUCAGAUUAUUGUGUCAGUUUGACAAAGUUGGCAGCUUGAUAGGCAAAGGUGGCUCCAUCAGAAGAGCAAUACAAUCAGAAACCGGUGCAUCUAUAAAAAUCGCUGACUCAGCACCCGAGUCAGAUGAGAGGGUGGUUGUAAUAUCUGCACGAGAGAGUUUGGAUCAAAGGCAUUCUCCUGCACAAGAUGCUGUUCUUCGUGUCCAUGGUAGAAUUGCAGAGAUUGGGUUUGAAUCAGGUGCUGCCAUCGUUGCUAGGCUUCUGGUACACUCACGCCAGAUUGGGUGUCUAUGGGGUAAAGGUGGCGUUAUUAUUUCAGAAAUGAGAAGACUUACUGGUGCUAACAUACAAAUAUUUCCUAAAGAACAACUUACAAAGUAUGGUAUGCCAAAUGAUGAAGUUGUACAGGUAAGUGGCAGCUUACAAUCUGUUCAAGAUGGUUUGUUUCAAAUCACUGGGAGACUUCGUGAAACUGUAUUUGUAUUUCCUCCUGUGAAAUCAUAUUAUCCAAAUCAUGUUCAAGAAAUGAGGCCUCCUCCUCCAUUCAGGCCAAGACAUGAUCAUCCUUUUGAACCUCCACCUCCACCUCCUUAUGCCAAUGAAGGAUAUGGAUAUGGACCUGGGCCUGGGCCUUAUUUUGAUCGUGGGCCAUAUCCUUAUCCUUAUGCCAAUGAACGACCUGGAUAUGCUCAUAGGCAGUCUCCUCCACCUCCAGGGAGAUGGAAUUCUCAGUCAGGUAGCAGCAACAGGUAUACAGGUGAAGUAGGUGAAUCUGAAGGAGGAAGUGUAACUGUAAAUGUUGAGAUUAUGGUUCCUCAAAGCUUGUUAGGCUCCAUAUAUGGAGAGAACAAGACCAACUUAGCUCAUAUAAAGCAGAUAUCAGGUGCACAGGUGGCGAUACAUGAUUCGGUAGAUGGAGGGCGAGUAGUAUUGUCUGGAACAUCAGAUGAAACUCAUACUGCACAGUGUCUGCUUCAUGCCUUCAUCCUUUCUGAGCAGCACCUCAUUCUUUGAGUUUGUGACUAGAUGGCAACAAGAGUUUUUUUUUUUUUUUCAAGG